AUGGGGUAUAUUGACAGUAUUCCUACACCCAAACCAUGCAUAAGGUAUAUUGACAGUAUUCCUACACCCAAACCAAGCAUAGAGUAUAUCAACAGUAUUCCUACACACAAACCAAGCAUGGGGUGUAUCGACAGGAUUCCUACACCCAAACCAAGCAUGGGGUAUAUUAACAGUAUUCCUACACGCAAACCAAGCAUGGGCUAUAUCAACAGUAUUCCUACACCCAAGCCAAGCAUAGGGUAUAUCAACAGUAUUCCUACACCCAAACCAAGCAUGGGGUAUAUUGACAGUAUUCCUACACCCAAACCAAGCAUAGGGUAUAUCAACAGUAUUCCUACACCCAAACCAAGCAUGGAGUAUAUUAACAUUAUUCCUACACCCAAACCAAGCAUUGGGUAUAUCAACAGUAUUCCUACACCCAAACCAAGCAUAGGGUAUAUCAACAGUAUUCCUACACCCAAACCAAGCAUGGGGUAUAUUGAUAGUAUUCCUACACACAAACCAAGCAUGGAGUAUAUCGACAGGAUUCCUACACCCAAAACAAGCAUGGGGUAUAUUAACAUUAUUUCUACACCCAAACCAAGCAUGGGCUAUAUCAACAGUAUUCCUACCCACAAACCAAGCAUGGGGAAUUCCUACACCCAAACCAAGCAUUGGGUAUAUCGACAGUAUUCCUACACCCAAACCAAGCAUAGGGUAUAUCGACAGUACACCUACACCCAAACCAAGCAUAGGGUAUAUUUACAGUAUUCCUACACCCAAACCAAGCAUGGCGUAUAUCGAUAG